AUGAUGCUGCCGCUGCGGUUGCGGCGUGUAACGGGACAUGAGGGGCGGCUCAAUGACGCGCUGUUCCAGCCGGCCGCCCGCCCCCCUCCCAUCGGCUCCCAGACCAUUGUGUUUUUCGGAGGAGAUGUCCAGGACUAUCCGGAAGUGAUGCAAGCGCACCGCGACAACCGGAACUACGUAAAGUGGAACUUGGAAAACACAGCGCGCAUGCUCGGACAUAACUUCCCUACAAAACACGUUCUGGUGGUGAAACCCGCUAGGGUAGAAUACAAGAGCUUCAGCUGUUACGAUAACUUCGUGCCAAGUAACAAUGCGGGCGUCCCCGAGCACACGCCUACCCACAGUGCGCUGCAUCACUUAGAGAAGCUACUUCAAGGCGUAACUAGUAGAUUAAAAUCGUUACCGACUGCGGAUCUGUUAGAAGCUGUGUCCUCAGUCUCCUUGCCCGAGGAAAUUGAUAUCGAAGAUCUACAUAAAAGCGCCGUCCAGACGGGCGAGGCGAGCGGGACCCGACCGGGGCGAGGUGGGACGGACUCGCCGGGACCGGGGCCGGGACCGGGGUCGGGAUCGGGGCCGGCACCGGGACUACCUGAGCCCGAGGUGGACCCGCUCUGGUGGCGAGACAAACUGGCCCUGGACGAGAGUCAGCUUACCCUGGUGGGCUUCAGUAAGGGCUGCGUGGUCCUCAACCAGCUGAUUUACGAGUUUCACUACACUAAGACCUUGACACCAGGAGACGCGCAUAUGAUGAGGUUCAUGGAGCACAUAGUGGACAUGUACUGGCUGGACGGGGGACACGCGGGCGGCAAGAACACCUGGAUCACUUCCCGCAGCCUCUUGGAGACACUCACCAGACUCAAUGUAAACAUCUUCAUCCACGUGAGCCCAUAUCAGGUACAAGAUGAGGGUCGACCCUGGAUUGGGAGGGAGGAGAAAGCUUUCACCGGCCUGCUCAAGAAACUUGGUGCUAAGGUGAACCGCUACCUGCACAACAACAAGGGCAUGUCUCACACGCUUCACAUGCACUUCGAGGUGUUGGGCGGCUUCAAGCGGCUGCAGGACAACCUGCCCGUCAGCAUGCCCGACUCCGCCGAUGAGGAGCAGUAG